UUAAAAUAAGUCAAUAUACAUUAUUAUUUAAACGAUAAAAUUCGUUCAGGUCAUAGAAUUGAUGUUCUAAUACAAAAGCUUUCACCAUUUUUACAAGAACCUCGUCAUUUUCAAGGACUUUUAAAGAUUUAGGUAAUGCAUUGAAAAUUCUGGGGAUCAUGAUUUCUGGGUUUUCUACUGAUUUCUUGAGCUUAACUUCUUUCACAACCAAAUCAUUACAGGAAAGGUUUGACUGAUUGUGUCUAGUCACUCUCCUCGUAUCUACACUAUCACUAUAUUUACGAAAUAGAUGUCGGUUUUGCACUAAGAAUUUUACACAUUCGAGUAUAUACAAUGAUGGCACGGUCAUUAUAUUAUAUUUGACAAAUAAUGGUUUACAAGUAUCCAACGCUUCAUUAGAUCUCCAGUAUGGAAUGCCCGCCAUUGCUCUCAACGCUCUUUUCUGUGCUCUAAAUACUUUUAUUAAAUGACUGGAGCCCCCCCAAAUUACAAUUCCAUACAUUAUAUGACUUUGAACAUGAGCGAAGUAGAUCAAUUUAAGAAUAUUAUCUGACACCUUGUAUUUCAGUCUAGUGAACACAUGAGAGACUCCUCUCAUUUUGCUAACAACCUUAUCACAGUGAUCGUUCCAGUUAAGUGUGUCAUUUAUUUGUACUCCCAGAAGUUUACCAGAUUUACAUAUUUCAAUAUUUUUAUCUUCGAUCUUAACAUCAGGUUGAACUAGAUUUUUCGUUUGGCUAGUGUGUAUUUGUAAUAUUUUGGAUUUUUCUGAAUUAAUCCUCAAAAAAUUGUCAUUAGCAAAGCUGACAAAACUCUCAUUAACAGCCACCGUUUUAGUAUUGACCUCAGGGAAAGACUCUCCCUUGACUAUAGCCGUUGAGUCGUCGGCGAACAAAACCAGGAGGGCCAAGAAUACAGCAAGGGGGAUAUCAUUUAAAUACAUUGAAAACCCAAUUGGGCCGAGAACUGUGCCUUGCGGCACACCCCUGUUACUUUCUAGUAUAUCCGAGUUAAUAAACUCCUCGUAUCCAUCACAACCAAGGUUCUUAAGUUGUACAAAUUGUUCCCUAUUUGAUAAGAAGCAGGCCAACCACGAGAGCAAGUUCUCAUUUAGCCCGUACUGUUUUAAUUUAUACACAAGGAGAGGUGGAUGUAGAGUGCCAAAUGCAUUAGAGAAAUCAUACAAGAUAACAUUCACUUUUUCUUUUGCUUCUACUGAUUCGUACAAAGAUGUUACAUAACUAUAUAGAGCGGUUACAGUAUUUUUUCCCUUUCUAAAUCCAUGUUGUUCAGGUAUUUGAAUAUUAUUACUAUUUAAGUGGUUUUCCAGUCUAUUUAAAAAAGCUUUCUCAUACACUUUUGAUAUUGAUGAUGUAAUCGCAAUUGGUCUAUAAUUCGAAGGGUCUUCUUUUUCUCCUUUUUUAAACAGUGGUAUAAUUUUUGCUAGUUUCAUAUUUUCGGGAAAUUUUCCUUCCGAGAAUGAUACAUUAAUAAGAUGAGUAAGCGGGGCUGUUAUAUAUUUAGAAAUAUUUUUUAAGACGGUAGUUGAUAUUCCAUCCCACCCUGAGGAGGUUUUGGAUGAGAGGUUAUUAAUAAUACUAUAAAUUUCAAACUCUCCCAUCAGUUGUAAAUCUUGUGUAACACAUAUAUCACCUUUGAGUUUUGAGCAAUCAUGAAUAUUCACAUUAUUUACAUCAGGCUCUGGUUCAAUAAAUCCAUUAUUCAGGCAAUUAGCAAUGUUUAAUUUAAUUAUUUCUCUUGUUCCAUUAAUAUUAAGUUCCUGUAUCAACUCUACAUUCUUAUUUUUACCAGAUUGGGAAUUUAUAAUUUUCCAUGCUGCGCUGGAUUUAUUUUUUGCCCCUAGUAUUUUAUUGUCAUUGACCUUUUUACUUUCUUUUUGUAUAUUACUCACAACUUCCCUCUUUAAACGCUUUAGUUUUUGUUUCAUAUCCAGUUUUAAGUUGAAGUCUAGAUUGGAAUUAAUUUCUUUACUGAGUGCAAUCAUCUCCCUUUGUAGUUUUUUGGUAUCCUCUGUCAGCUUAAUUUUACCCAUCUGAUUUGCUCUUUGUAUAACACGCUUCAAAGGGAACGACUUCUCAAAGUGUGAUACAAGAGUUUCCAUAAAUAUUUGACUCUUAUUAUCAAUUGAAUUAGUUUGGUAAACUUGUUCCCAGUUUUCUUGUUCAAGAAUAGAGAAGAAAUUUAGGUAAUUCUCGUCUGUGUAGCUUCUAGCAUAUUUGAAAGUAUCCUUAAUUUUUUCGACUGGAAGGUCAGUCACAACAGAGACAGCACUAUGGUCUGAGAAGUGUAUAGGAAUUAUUGUAAAUGUGCUCUCUAAUUUAAAGUUGGCGUAAACAUGGUCUAGUAAUGUACCUCCGCUCUGAUUAAUUCUAGUUAAAUCAUUAUCAUUUAACAGAUUAUAAUUAUGAAAUUUCAUAAUCUCCCUUAAUUUUAUACUAUGCUCACUUUUACUCAUCAAGUCAAUAUUGAGAUCACCUGCUAAUAUCACAUGGCCGCUAAAUCUAUUUUGCAUAAGAAUUGUAUCCAGAUGUUCAAGAAAAUCCGUAAUAUUACUGUUUGAUUUUGGAUUACUGGGACGGUAGACACCAAUUACAUUAAUGUUCUCUGAACCCAAAGUUAAUUUGCUGGCACAAAAUUCGAAAAACAUUUCCUUUGAGAACAUUUUAAUGGUUUUUUGUGUGGCUUUCAGAAGUUUAUUUUUCAGAAUUAAUACCCCACCUCUUUCAUAUUUUUUGAUAUUACGACCAAAAGAAGCAAUAAGUUCAAACCCCUCAAGGUAAAAGUUUCCCACUUCACUUGAGUCGAGCCAGUGUUCUGUAACUACAAUGAUGUCGGGUCUGUCUUUCAAAUUUUGAACAAAAUCUUGAAAUUCUGUAAAUUUUUCAGGUGUCUUAAGGCCUCUUACAUUUAAGUUUAAUAUUUUAAAUUUAUUUAAGAAGAUGAUACCCACCUGGAUACAACUUUUGGAGAAUAUUUUCAUAUGGUGGGCUAUUAUUUUAUUAUUAGGCAGGGCCGCGCGCGCCUGUAUUGUACACAGGGCGGCAGCGGUGCGAGCGCGAGAGAGAGGCGCGCAUACAUCUUUUAUACUUGUAAUAUUUUGGCUGGCUGUGUGUAUUUUAUUUUAACGCGGGCCGGCAGCGGUGCGAGAAAGAGUCGAUCUCGUGAACUUAGAAUAUUUCUUUUCGUUGAAAUUUUAUUUUAUAGCUGGUGUGGACUUAGCGCGCGCAGCAGAAGAGAGUGUGUAUUUUAUUUGUACAGCGAGCGAGGUGCACUUGGUGUGUGCUGGAGAGAGAGUGGCGAGCAGCAGCAGGCAGAAUCGAUUGACUGCGCCGCGGGAGACUUAAUUUAUUUUUCCUUCUCUCGCUGGCGGUGCAGUCGUGCGGUCGCGAGUUGAAAUUCUAAUAGGUGGACUUAGAAAAUUUCGUGCAGCGGACGCAGCAGAAGAGAGUGUGUAUUUUAUUAAUACAGCGAGCGAGGCGCGCUUGGUGCGUGCUGGCGAGAGAGUGGCGAGCAGCAGCGGGCGGAUUGACUGCGCCGCGGAAGACUAAUUUAUUUUUCCUUCUCUCGCUGGCGCGGCAGUCGUGCGGUCGCGAGUCAAACAUAAUGGCUGGACUUUCGUGCGUCGGACUCUCUUCAAUGAAUAUGGUUCUCUCGAGAGCCAAAUUGUUUCACGCAACAGCCGUUUAUAAUUUUAGUCGCGUGUAAUGAGAAUAAUGAUAUUUGUGUUUUAUUUUUAUGUAGCGAUACCAUUUUUUUAUUUUAUUAAGGACACGCAUUUUUUAAUAUAUGAACUUUGAGAUUUUGGUGCGAACUCGAGGGUGUGUGUUGUAAGUCGAGGUUUACGGAGUGUACUAAAAAAUUUAAAAUUUUUAUUUUAUUAAAUAUUAUUUAAUAAUAUAAUUUAAAAAUAUAUUAUAUUCAUUGCGCCGGCGCAUUGGUACUAUUCUGCGAUUCGUUAACCCUGGAUGGGGGGAGUUAAUGGGGGUGUACGUAGUGGGGCGUAGGGUAUAAGAGAGGGUCAAGCAAAGGGUCGGCAUCAUUCUUGGCUGCUCGAGAAGAUCGUCCGUCCUUAAAAAAAAUCAAAAUGGAACCCUUGACCCCUCCGAUCUCCCCUGCUCGUCCUGCUCAGAAUAAUGUGGAUGAGGUGAAGGUGAAGGUGGAGCCUGUUGAAGAAAUGGCUGAAGAGCCAUCCAAACCGAGCAAGUUGGAUGAAGCAAUGGAAGAAGAUUUCCAGCAGAGUUCGAGAGCUUUGGACUUUUCAAUGAUUAGCUCGAUCAGCGGCUAUAAUAGUCAGGAACAUAGUCUUGCUUCUGCUGACACAGUCUAUAAUGGUAGCAGCAGCAGCAGCAGCAGGGGGAGUAGCAGUGGUGAUGAGAGCAGCUCGAUGGAUAUUAAGAAUGAUGAUUUACCUGACGAUCCUCACAAUCUGCGCAUUCUGCACACCUUUGUUGAACUUGACCUGCUGCCGAGGGAAGUUACUGGGAUUCAAGAGACUGCUGCCAUGUCGCUGGUGGACUUGGAGAAGUUGGUCACUUUCAAGGAGAAGUUUUUCAACCUCGGAGACGAGAAGACCCAUGCUGGCCACUUGUACGACGUGGAGAAUUGUUUCUUUCGUCAGGGGUUGCCUGCUUUGUACGAAACCACAUAUUGUGUUCCUGGUUCCGUUGAUUUUCAUAUGGGAUUUCUGAUUUUGUACAAUAAGAAAAAUCACAAUUUUGAGCUCAAGUUUUAUCUACGUGUCGGAGAGCGCCAGAUCAUUGUUACCGAGUUUCAAGACUUUUACAGAAUGUUAUUCAGCACUGAUCUUGCCACUCUAGAGAAAGAUUACGGAGAAUUUAUUUUGUUUGAGAACAUUGUUGGUAAAGUUAAGCGAGAUGCUCACAAUUGUGACUGGCUAAUUCUGUACCAAGUUUGGGAUAAUUAUCAUCACCGACUUGGAGUUGACAACGAACCUUUUAGAAUUGUAAUGAGCGAAAGGCAGCAUACCAGACUCCAGAAAACUAUGAUUACAGAAAUGCACGUGUCGCAUUUAUACAUGAAAAAACUCACUGCUUCUGCAAACAUUUGUAUGUCCACUGCCAUUGGGCUUGCCUACAACGGCUUAAAGAUGAAAUGUAAGGGUUGUCGCCAAAACAACCCGUACGAUCACAUUUGUCGUACCUUUGAAUUUUCCAGAACUGUUCACAAUGCUCUUGGUAAUGAGCUCGAGAGACUUGUUGUGGAGGACAAGGACCACUUUCAAUGUGAAAUCUACGGAAGACUCUUGAAAUUGGUCAAAUCCGAGUACUCUCUGAGAGACAUUCUUUCUGAAAUGCUGGUUAAUGACAAUGGACUAGCACUUGGUGGAAAUAUGAUUGGAGGUAGAAUUCCUGGGUGGGUUUCUGAGUUCAAAGCUCCCUCGAGUGAGUACAUCAGAGCCAAGUACAGAAUUGUUGAUUACGAUAUGAUUGAUGGUGCAGAUGAUGAUGAUGAUAUGGACUUGUAAAACUUUGGCCGCUGAAUCAGAAAAUAUGUCUUGAUGGUUUAUUUUUAAGUUUUAUUUUUACGAUUUUCUGAACUUUGUAUCACAUUUGAA